AUGGGAGAUAACUUUCAACCAAGAAAAGUUUGUUACACUGGCAGGGCUUGGCCUGAGUAUGUUCGCGAACGCAUACAUGACACCUAUGCUUAUUUUGGUGGAUCGAUUGCGAGGUAUACAGCCGGUGUAGUUGGUGGACUUUCUGUGUGCGCUGUGUGUGCCCCAAAUGAUCGGUUUUUAUUCAUGGGAGGUCCACUUGCAAUCGGACUGGGUGUCGUAUUUGCUUCUUCUCUUGGUUCAAUAUUCCUAUCACCCUCUACUGCACUAGGGGCUGGACUUUAUUCAAUGUCUUUGUAUGGUGGUCUUUUGCUUUUUAGUGCUUUCUUGUUGUACGACACACAACGAAUUAUUCACAAAGCUGAAACACAUCCAAAUUCAAACUAUGCGGUGCAAAAAUUUGAUCCGAUCAAUGCAGCGAUUUCUAUCUAUAUGGACACUUUAAACAUCUUCAUUCGACUUGUGAGCAUUCUGGCUGGACAAGGUGGAAGUCGUCGAUGAUAAAUAAAUUUAAAAAAAGUGUAUAUCCGUUACUUGAAAUAAAUCAAUCAAAAAUGUGUUUCAAGUU